CGGAAGUGUGGGAUGUUGCGGCUUUUCCUCCGUGUUGGGGAAGUCCAUUUUUCGAAUCGAGGGGAAAAUCAACUGAUAGUCACAGCCGAAGUCCACGGAAGGAUGGGGUUAGACGGGAGAUUUCAACUUCAGUAGGAAAUAUGGACUCCUUUCUAUGGGACAGAAAGUCAGGUGAGUCGAGGCUGAAUUCGAAAAGCCCGGCUAUGCUGAGUGCUCACUCCGAGGAUCCGGAACCCUCAUGUUUCAGUCGACAACCCCAGGUAAGCCCCUCUUGUUAUCAUGGAUAUGACUGGGUCUUUAAAAUGGUGGUCUUGUCGUGGAACCGAGAGCCUAAUUUGGUGCCCAAUGGUUGGAUAUGGAAGAGGCAGACUUGACAGUCAGCAACCAAUUGACGAUGAGGACAUUGUGAUACAGAGGAGGCAAUGCAGAGCCAGGGCGUAUGUGGCUUGGGGACACGUCAACGGUCAGGCCAUUUCAGGUAAGAAAGCAUCUAACGCCGACGAAAGUCGUCUUCAAAGAUCCCUUAAGAUAGUCCAUUGAUGUUCUGAUGAAUGCGACUCCAAUCAAAGAAAGAUAUUGAAGAGGGUCGGAUACGCGACGGAUAUCCCGCUCUUUCAUCUUGGAUUUCUAGUGACAUCGACGAUGAAGGCUUCAUUUUCCGUCGUUUCAGCCGCCUCUCGGCGCGGAACCUUCUAAACCUCCAGAGUCAACUCAUCAGCAUCGAGAAAGAGCUCGAAGACCUUGACAGGGAGUCCCUCCAAACUCAGGACGUUGGACUUCGGCGGUGGGAGACUUUUGAGAAUCAGCUGAAAGACCGGUCAAACAAGCUUGCGCAAAGAAGGAAACGGCUUUAUGAUGAGCUUGAGAGCAAGAUAAAGAGCUAUCAGGAAGCGUUGAUGUUGCAAUCGAGUGUCUCUAACCUCCGCCAUCCACGUCCUCGCGUCUUUGCGGCCUUUCAGGAUUGGUUUUCUGGGGGCUCUCAGGGUAAAGCCGCAAUUUUGAAUGGACGCGCUGCUACGAUGCUCGAUGAUCCUCAAGACCUGGUCGCUCUCCGAACGCCCGCAGACGAAGACGUUCUCUCCAGAGCUUUACAGGACCAUUGGCCAUUUCCGGUAGACACAACUUCUUGA